UCAGUAUAGGCUCGAGUAUCUUGGUUGGCUUGGAGCCGAUUACCGAACCCAAUUGACACGGUUACCACUCAUUCCUCUUGCAGCACCGAAGAUCACAUAGCAAACCGAGGUAUCUCUUCGUACAUUUGCAUACAGCAAGACCUGGUCAGAGUUUCAUUGCAGUGUUUCACGACACACAGCGUACGAGGCACCAUCGCCGGACCUGGCACGGCCUAUUCGAGUCUUACAUCCGAACUACUAAACCCUUUGGAUCAUCCUGUACCUAUCUGUCGGAGCAUACCACAAGCUUUGCGAAGCUACCUCCAGCCUACUGAGAGAUCCAACACAUCCGCGCCAACCCCUACUCGCAUCUCAACAUGUCUGGCGCAUUUACGAUGCCGCACGCCCUGACGGGUGGAGCCGGAUACAAAGCAAACAACUCCUACGACGAAUACAUGCGCAAGCACAGCGGCUUCUACCGACGACACAGCGCCGCUUCGAACGCCAUGGAAGGUGAUCGCCGAGCAUCGCAAGCCUCCCUCGACGCGCACGCCAAUGCAGCGGCACAAGCAGUCCAAAACGUAGCUGCUGAGGGUGCCAACCGUCGUGGCUCGGUCACUCUGGCGGAAGGUGGGGCAGCCACGGUCAACUCCAGGAAGGGCAGUGUCGCUGUGGCAAGUGAUGCGACCAGGAAGGAUAGUAUUUUCGGCCUCGAACCUACGGCUGGUCAACGGAUGUCGGAGGAACGCAGACCCUCGACCUCGCUUGCUAGUGACCUCUUUCACAAGGUCAAAGGGGAUCAUAAGACUAAUCACUGAGGACGGGUUGGACUGGUAAGUCGGCUGUCCUUCAUUUUUCUGUGUUCAUGCACUAGAUGCUAGGAGGGGAAGUAUGAAUCUGCAUGAGGCGACGGAGAGGAGAGGCACUGUUCGGUCUGCCUCCAGGUUCCGCGUUGCUAGACUUGAUCACG